AUGAGUUCACAACAGUUUCCCCGGCAAGGGGCCCCUAUUCCCUCACCACAGCUUGCAAGUAGCGGAGGCACUGUGGGACAGAAUAUCCCUGGGUCAGGAGGUGAGGAAACACCCCGGGAUAUGGAGAGCCAGCCCCGCGAUUCCCUUACUGCUAAUUCAGUUCUUCCCCCUCGAGAUGAUAAACAAGAAGCUGUAGUAGUCAGACCUUACCCCCAGUUGCAGAUGGUUCCCCACCACACAGCUAGCCCUCUCACCAUGGCUGCUCAGUCCACUCAUCUUCCUGCUGUUCCACUCUCUUUCCCUGAGGGAAUCUUGAAGCAGCCUCUGAAGCCCACUAUACCCAGUCGCCCCAUUGCACCAGCACCACCCUCUGCCCUGUCUGCUGUACCUAAAGUCUCUGGGCCAGUGACAGUCACCAUGGAGAGUGGUCUUCCACAGGCUUCUGCUAUUCCUGUUGCCACCAUCAGUGGACAGCAGGGACACCCUAACAGUUUGCAUCAUAUCAUGGCUGCCACCAAUGUCCAGAUGUCUAUUAUCCGCAGCAAUGCUCCAGUACCACCUCUGCAUAUUGGAGCUUCUCAUCUCCCUAGAGGGGCUGCAGCUGCUGCUGUGAUGUCCAGUUCUAAAGUCACCACUGUCCUAAGGCCAGCAUCUGCUCAGAUGCCUUCUGCUGCUGCCGCCCAGUCAGCGGCUCAGCACAUCAUCCACCCACCUAUUCAGUCUCGUCCUCCAGUAACUACAGCUACUUCAGUGACACCAGCUGUAGUAGCUACAGUGUCUGCUACUCGUGCACAGUCCCCAGUAAUUACCACCACUCCAGCCCAUGCCGCUGAGCCUGUACUACGACCCACUCUGUCAAUCCAGCAACAUCCACCUCCUGCAACCAUCAGCAUCCAAAGACCUGCCCAGGCUCGGGACACUGGAACUCGCAUUACACUGCCUACCCAUCCAGCCUUGGGAGCUCAGAAGCAGCAACUGCAUCCAAUGACUCAGAAGACUCUUUUUGGCACUGGCAAUCCAGUAGCUGCAGCAACAGUGGCUCCGAUUUUGGCAACGAACACCCUUCCCCUCUGUGACAACGUCAGGCUCUGCUCCUCACACUCAAGUUUCCACCAGCACCAUUGUUACUAUGACAAUGCCAACUCACUCUUCCCAUGCUACAGCUGUGACUGCGUCCAACAUUCCUGUGGCUAAGGUUGUCCCACAGCAGAUCACACAUACUUCACCACGAAUACAGUCAGAAUAUGGAGCAGAGAGAGGUAACCUGAUACCUAUACCUGGUCACAGAGCUUCACCAAAUCCCAUGACGAUGGAGGCCAGAAGUGAAAACAGACAGCCUGUCCCUGUACAGCUACAGUAUUUUCUACCCACAUAUCCCCAAUCUGCCUAUCCUCUGGCUGCUCACACGUACACGCCUAUAACCAGUUCUGUGUCCACUAUACGUCAGUAUCCAGCACAAGCUCCAAAACUCUGCAAUUACAGCACAGUCAGUGGCCUCCACCGUGCACCUAAACCCAAUGCAGCUAAUAAAUGUGGAUACAUCACAUACCCGUCACAUUCAGGGGAUCCAACCUGCACCAGUCAGUGCACAGGGGAUGCAGCCUGCACCCUUCAGUACACAAAGUAUUCAGGCCACACCUAUUGGUACCCAGGGAAUCCAACCACCUCCAAUUAGUUCACAGGGAAUCCACCCUGCAGGAUCAAUAGCCACUCAGGGUGUCCAGACGUCCUCUGUCAGCUCCCAGCAGGCUCCAAGUGAUUCAAAACCUCCUGUUGUCCUUGCAGAAGGGGCUACAAUUGUUGCCAAUCCUCUAAGCAGCACUUUCACUACGGCCCCAGCUAACGCAGCUGUCAUGCAGAGCCACAAUCAGAGUCCAGGUAUUGGCAAUAGCCCUGCUCAGGGAUCCUCUCCUCGGCCUAGCAUCUUGCGCAAGAAGCCUGCCACUGAUGGGCUGUCUGUUAGAAAAAGCCUAAUUCCUCCACAUCCAGGAGAUGCAGUAAGCCCACGACACGACAGCUCUAUGCGAAGCACUUCUGCUUCUCCUCGGCCUGCUGGUGUAAAACCAAAAGCCGAACCUCACAUUUCUGUGGCUCCAGGAGUGACUGGGGAUCCAGGCACAGGUGGUGAUCAGCCGAGUGCAGCUGCAUCUCUUCCCUCUUCUCAUCAUCCCACAGCCGCUGUGCCCAGUCCACCAUCUCAGCCUAUGCCUGGACCCCUCCCCAGCAGCAUCCAUGUCCCCCCUGUUGCUGUCCCUGCCUUAUCUGCACCUCCACCUCUCUUGAGCAGUGCACCUUCAGGAGCAGCAGUCCCUGAGACAAAAGUGAAGGAGGAGGCAGAACCAAUGGAUAUAACUAGACCAGUUUCAGCAGUUCCUCCACUGACCCCAGGAUCCAUCUCCUCCCCACUAGUUCUUCUUGCCAAUAACAUCUCUGUGCCUGCUGGGGAAUUGCCGCCAGGAGCCUCUCCCCGCAAGAAACCUCGCAAACAGCAGCAUGUUAUAUCAACUGAAGAGGGAGACAUGAUGGAGACCAAUAGCACAGAUGAGGAGAGAUGUCACACAGUAAAGCCCUUAACAUCAAGACCAGAGAAGCGCAAGUCUCCUCCUAAAGAGUACAUAGAUGAGGAAGGUGUGCGUUAUGUUCCUGUUAGACCUCGACCUCCUAUUACACUGCUGCGCCAUUAUCGAAAUCCUUGGAAAGCAGCUUACCAUCAUUUCCAGCGUUACAGCGAUGUACGGGUCAAAGAGGAGAAGAAAUUAACAUUACAGGAAAUAGCCAACCAGAAGGGGAUUGCUUGUCGUGUGCAGGGCUGGAAAACACAUCUUUGUGCUGCACAGUUGCUACAGCUGAUUAAACUGGAACAAGAUGUGUUUGAUCGGCUGACUGUUCUCCAAGAAGGGCUCAUCCCCCAAAAAGAAGACUGCCACGGAUGAUGAUUUGCACAGGAUCAAUGAACUAAUACAGGGUAACAUGCAGCGCUGUAAGCUUGUCAUGGAUCAGAUCACAGAGUCCCGGGACUGCAUGCUUAAAGUUCUAGAUCACAAGGAUCGUGUCCUAAAAUUGUUGAAUAAAAGUGGUGCAACUUCGCAGGCUCUCCAAAGUGAAACACAAAGACAAGAUUUGA